CUCCGCACCAUACUUGGACACCUGCAUACUGCAAUCUGCCACUUGGCCUGGUGGCCCUCCGGCCGCAAUGCUGGGAAGGGUCGGCCUCGUGGCUGCGCUGCUCCUGGCCGUGAGCGGCCUGCACCUGGAGUUCCAGCAGCCGCCCGUGGGGGGCAGGUUCGGCCAGGCGGGGCAGGAGCUGUCGGGCGCGGCCGGGGUCGCCGGCGAGGCGGGCUGGCCGUGGCACCUUGGCGGCCACCACACCGAGACGGAGUCCACGGAGCAGCAGCCCCUUACCGAUGACGCGCCGACGGCGCCGGUGGCCGCGCCCGAGGGCCGCCUGGCCGUCCUCGUGACCGGCGCGGUGGAGCGGCUGCUGCUCACGCCGCUGCUCGCCAACGUCGUCCGUGCCAACGCCAAGAAGGGCCUCCAGGUGGACCUGCUCCUCAGCCUGCAGGCGCCCUCCAGCAUUGUCGAGGAGGACGCGCCAGACCUACAACGAGGCUGCCGCUGCUCUCGAGACGCCCGUCGACACUGCGACCAGCGACCCCAAGGUCACGCAGCUUCUUCAGGGCGCCAGCGUGGACAACUUCAACAUCACCGUCAUGGACCAAAUCUGCUCGCUGGCCCUGGCGCAGCUCGCGUCGAGCUGCCAGUGGGACAUCGAGGGGCCAAUCGACGGCGCCACCGAGAGCGCCAUUCCAACCGACCGCGUCGCCGCGGACGUCGCCGGCGGCACCGGCCAGGC